CAUCCAAGUCUUUUUCUUCAAGCAAUUUAAGUAAUGGCUCAUAAACAAUAUACAGAGAAUAGAAAUUUAUAUUGCUCAUACGUACAUUUAAGUAUGUGUUAGCAUGGUAGCGGAUGUUGAUUGUAAGCUCCAUUGUAGGACCUGACCAUGGUGUUUCCUUUCCUGCUGAUGGUACUGCCCUUGGAGAAUUUAUAUAAUUUGUGGUACAAUCUGCUUAAUCAGAUAAUAUGAGAGGCAAAGACUCCUGAGUGUGUGGCAACUGCUGAUUUAUACAAAUCUGUUCUAUUUUUUAAAUCUUCCUCGUACUGGUUGCAUCAUGGACUGGUAUGUAAACAUCAAUGCCCAUGAAUAGAAAGGUCUACAGAAAGUGGUGGAUACAGUCUAUCACAGCUUAUGCUCUCCCCACCACUGAGCACAUCUACAACGAAUGAUGCCACUAGAAAGCAGCAGCCAUUAUCAAGGAACCCCAACCAUCCAGACCAUUCUCUCUUCUCACUGCUGCCACAAGAAAGGAGGUACAGGAGCCUUAUGCCCCAUACUACCGGGUUCGGGAAUGGUUAUUACCUUUCAACCAUUCAGCUCCUGAACUAGCAUGGGUAACUUCACUCACCACAACACAGAACUGAUUCCUCAACCCAUGGACUCACUUUCAAGAACUCUGCAACUCAUGGUCUCAGUGGUAUUUAUUACUGUUCAUUUAGUAAUAUUAUUUGUUUUAAUUUGUAUUGGCAAAGCUUGUCUUCUUUUGGACAUUGGUUAUUUGCCCAUCUUUGCUUAUCUGUAGUUUUUCAUUGAUUCUAUUAUGCUUCUUUGUAUCUACUGUAAAUGCCCAAAAGAAAAUGAACCUCAGGGUAGUAUAUGGUGGCAUAUACAUACUUAGAUAAUAAAUUCAUCUUGAACUUGUUCUUUGAACUUUGAAGAUUGUCAUAACUUUUUAUUACCCAUCUAAACACUAGGUUAUGGUGGACCAUUAACCUACCAGCCAAAACAUCUUUGGGAUGGAGGGUAAAAGCCACACAGUCACAAGAUGUAUGUGCAAACUCCCCACAGACAGAUCCCAUAAUCUGGAUUGAAUGGCUCUAGCAGUUGCAACACUAUGUCAAACCAAACAAUUUUAGCUUAGUUUAGGUCAAUAUUCCUCUCUCAAUAACUGCUACAUAAACUACUGAGCAGAGGGUCUUUCUGUCUGUAAUAUGGCUCUUGGAAUCUUCACAUCUUAAAUGGUGUGACAGAGAUGAUACCUUCUGGUUGAGUUGUUGAGCCAGUAGCCUGCCUGCUCUAUCAGGCAGGUGUUAAAGAUCCCUUUGGAUAAGUUCAAAGAAGAGCAGCAUUCCUUCAUAUAAGUAUAGUACAGGCAAAGCCAGCACCUGAUCAUUAUAGCACUGCUAUCUGGGGCAUGUACUGUGCAGAAUUUGCUUUUAUACUGCCACAACGUGUGCACUUCUAAAUUACUCCCUCAGGAUGUCCUGAAGUUAGGAGUUAUGUAGUUUCAGCAGAGGCAUUCAAUAACUCCUCACUUACCAUUACCCCAGUGAGUUCCUUCUUGGGUAACUGCAUGCAGAAAGUUGUAAACUGGGCCAGCUCCAUCAUGCACACUAACAUCCCCAGCAUCCAGGACACUUUUAAAACACAAUGCCCCAGAAAAGUGGCAUCCAUAACUAAGGGCACCCAUCACCCUCUUCUCAUUGCUCCCAUCAGGGAGGAGGUACAGAAGUCUGAAAAUACACAAAGUUUCAGGAGCAACUUCCUCCCCUCUGCCAUCAGAUUCUGAAUUUGCAAAGAACACGUGAAAACUGCUUCACUACUUUUCUCAUCUCUUAUUGUACUGCUCAUUUAAUUUUCUUUUCUAUAUAUGUUAAUUUAGUUUUUAUUAUUAUGCAUUGCAACGUACUCCUGCUGCGAAACAAAUUUCACGACUGUGCCAGCGGUCUUAAACUUGAUUCUGAUUGUCUUUUUUUUAUAUUUUCAUACAUUGUCUUCUUUCGCACAUUGGUUGUUGGUUUUAGGGUAGUUUUUCAUUGAUUCUAUUGUAUUUUUUGCUCUACUGUGAAUUCCUGCUAGGAAAAUUAAUCUCAGAGUAGUUUAUGGUGACAUUUUGAUAAUAAAUUUCCUUUGAUCUUUGAAGUUUUGCUUCUAGCGCCAUGAUAGCUUUACAAUUCUGAUAAACAGGUCACAGAAGCGUACCAUCCGAAAUGUUUAACGAUAUACAUAGCAGGCCCGUCACUGUGUUGAGGUUGAGAGACGAGUAGAUCCGGAUUCUAGAUGUGUUUGACAGAGUAGCCACAAACACGAUUUAUGCUCCAGCCGGAUAUCCAGUCUCCUUUCACCAACGGUGUUUGUGUGUGGUGGGGGGAAGGGUGACUCAAAGCGAUAACGUGUCUGCCCUCACGGUUCCUCCUCAAGCCCUGGAAAGUUGUUUUCAGUGGAAGAGAGCGAAUGAGUGUGUGUGUGCGAGAGAGAGAGAUCCCCGGCUACUGCGUGGACGAAACACUCGGCAGGCUUCAGACAGAUCAUGUCGCUAGCUCGCUCACCUUGACGUUGGCAUGAGAGGGAGGAAGGAGGGAUGGGGGAGGAGUGAGAGAGCGCUCAGUGCAAUCUGAGUCACUCUCAGCUCUGCCCAGCACGGUUGGCGCACACUCACUCUGCGUGUGCUCGAGAAAGUGACCUCGGCAAAUCAGCAGGCACGGGCCGCGGCGCGAAAAGGAAAGGACAAAAGGAUUUCGUUUCAUAUUCCCCUGCCUUGCUGCCCUCCUACCUGUGAUCACGCGGAACUCCCGCAACACCUGAACGGCGCUGCCGGAGAGGAAGAAGCGUCAAGUCAGAGGUAGGAUUUCGUACGAGCCGAGGGAAACUUUACAGCCGCACCAUUUCGCCGGCGACCUCUCUCAACUUCGCAACUCCCGAGGGAGCGAGGAGCCCCAUGGAGAUCGGGGGGGAGGAACCGGUUGCCGAGAGGUUUUAAGGUGAAUCCUCGCUCGUCGCUGUUUCCUGCCAGAGCUUGGGCUUGACUUUCUGGCCGACUAUUAACUGCUCCGGUUUCCCGUGUAAUGGGGAACCAAGUGGAGAGACUUACGCACUUGAGCUACGACGAAGUUCCCACGGCUGACCCGGCCGGCGGUGACCGGGAGGAGCCGGGACCGCGCAUUGGGGUCUCCUACAUCUUCUCGGUGGACGAGGACGAUUUGGAGGAGCCCGUGGCGAGCGAAACGCGGACGGGGGAGAUCGAGGAGAGCAGUUACGAUGCGCGCAACGAAGUAGAGUGCUCCGUCUACUACAGGGACCAGUGCAUCUACGAAAAGAGGGGCAAUAUCGGCAAGAGCGAAGAAGGAGGAGGGGCCGACCUGUCUACGCAGCCCCCCGAGACACUGCUUAAUAAAUGCAAACCCGGCGACCUGGUGGAAUUCGUGGCAAAGAACCAGUGCCCGCACUGGGUCGUGUACGUGGGCGACUUCCAAGUGGUGCAUCUGCACAAAGCGGAGAUCAAGAACGAUUUCUUGACCAACGCCAGCCAGGGCAGGAGGGGCCGACUGGUUAACCACCUGUACAAGUUCAAAGCCCGGCCUCCCGAGAGCGUGGUGCAAUGCGCCUUGCAGCUGGUGGGACUCAAGGGGGUCCAGCUGAGCUGGAGGAGCUCCGAGUGCUUCGCCGCCUGGUGCCGGUGCGGCAGGAGGGAGUUUAAGGCAGGGGGCGAGCUGAGAAUCGGUAAGCAGCCUUACCGCUUGAAAAUCCACCUGAGCGACAAGGUGAGUCACACGCUGGAGUUCCAGAGUCUCGAAGACCUGAUCGCCGAGAGGAGGAGGAGCGACCAACUCGGCAAAUUGGCCCUGAUGCAAGAGCUAGCCACACAUCUGCAGACGGAGGAGCAGCACAGGACUGAACUCGACGCACAAUGAGCGCGGGUUUAAAAGUUAGCCAUUCUCACCGAGGGCGCAGGAUAAUGCGUUUGGCAGUUACCACCCCAGGGGAAACUGACAUUAAAUUCUUGGGCAAGUCGGGAUGGAGAACGAUUUGGUUUCCUGAGUCUUGGGUGCUUGUUGUUAACUUGGAUACCGCCCACACGCAGUUGCAAAACGAGGUUAAAAGUUGUUCUGCACCCGAACUGAAAUUUAAAAAAAGACACAAUCGCCCCUCAAGCGGCCACUUCGCCAGUUCUCUUCACCCCUCUCUCCCGUUCUAGCGCCCUAGCGGCGAGGUGCUUUCUGAGACCGGGAACAGGCUCAUCUCCUACCAGGGACGGCCGCCGGGAUCAAUGGAGCUUUCAGCAAGUACGGAAAAGUUUAAUGAACUCAAUGAGUGACUUUUAUGCUAAUAGGAUUAAGUUGAUCUGGAGAUGGGUCGAGGUUAUAAAAUGGAAGACGGGUAAACACUUGACUGAACAAUGAUUUUAUAAUCGCAGGGAGAAGUGAUUCAGUGAACUGCAUCAUUCGCCAAAUACACUCUCUCCUGUGUUUUAUUAAACAUGGAGACUUUAUAUGGUUGAUUUGAGAAAUAGUGCUCAAUAGAUUUUAUUUUCUUAAAUUUGAUUUAAAAGCCGCUACUAAUCUAGGCUGGUUUCUAGUGUUUCUGCCAUCACGGAGAGAAUGUCCAUAACUCUUGCAUAUCUUUAUUGAAAUUGAAUUAAAUAUUUUUAUAAUGAUA